AUGGUGAUCGCCGCCGAGUCGCCCCUCUCCCUGCCCGCGGUCACUUCCGGCUUCGGCUACUUCCGCCUUCCGGCGUGGGGGCUGGCUGCUUCCGGCGGGGCGGAGAUGGCGGGCGCUGCGCGGCCCGGGCCCACAUGCCUGCUGCUGGGGGCGACGGGCGUCGGGAAGAGCCUGCUGGGGAAGCGGCUGCGCAAUAUCCGAGCGAGCUGGGGGUCCUGGGGCGCGGGGCCGGGGUGGGGGCGUGCCGCACGCUGCUUCUGGCCCGUCCUUAACGCACCGGCACAGCUGUGCUCCCGGGACGGGGCCAAUGAGUUGGGCGAACCCCCGGCCACGCUGCCCACGGUGGGCACGAACCUGACGGACCUGACGCUGCACAAGAGGGUGACGCUGCGGGAGCUGGGCGGCUGCAUGGGCCCCAUCUGGCCCAGCUACUACGGAGAGUGUAGCGCCGUGCUGUUCGUGAUCGAUGCGGCCAACCCGACCCAGGUCUCCGCGUCCUGCGUCCAGCUGCUGUCCCUCCUCUCUGCAGAGCAGCUCGCCACCGUGCCCGUGCUGAUCCUCUUCAACAAGAUCGACCUGCCCUGCUACAUGUCACUGGUGGAGAUGAAGUCGCUGUUCCGCAUGCAAGACAUUGUCUCCUGCGCCACGCAGCCCAUCACCAUUCUGGAAACCAGUGCACGCGAUGGCACCGGCCUGGCUGAUGUCCUGCAAUGGCUUCAGGCCACCUUCAGGGACCCUAGCUAACCUGGCCCCAGCACCUGUGCAGUGUGACAGGCUGAUGGCAGGCAGCAGCUUCUCGGUACUCCAUGGCUGUGAGACCCCAGUAGAGGGAGUGCCACCUGCGGGAGGGCCCUGCUGGCUGCUUGCAUCCAGAAAAUGGAGCUCUGAAACUGGAUGGUCCCUGAAGGCGAGACUGUCGGCU